AUCGCAAGUCCCCCUCCUAUCGACUUCCCGUGGCUGCCGUAGGCACGUACUUCCGCGAUACCGCUGCUCCCCCUCCCCCCUCCCACCGUCGGCAUCUUCUCCGGCUAUCAGAUCUCUCUCUCUCUCUCUCUCUCUCUCUCUCUCUUCGAGCGCCGCGGAACCCUAGAUGCGUCGCGCCUUCCUAUCGCCGUAGAAUUACAGAAGUUUUUUUUUUCAUUUUGUACAAACGCGUGAGUUCAGUGAUUUGAUUAGUUGAACCUCCGCUUCUUCGAACAAUCGAUCGCCGUUUUCCCCCACCUAGUCGGCAUCAGUUGGUGGUGAUUUGCAUCAAGCAGUGAUAUUUUUGUUUAGCCGUUCUUCUGCCAGGGUACCUGCUGCUUCUGUUUGUCUUCCAAUCCUGCUUCUUUUUUAUGUCGUUGCCCCCUUGCAUGGUGGAUGCUUGGGUGACUGAAUCCGUAUUCAUUUGCUGUUUGCAAGCUCUCUUCGUUUUGAAGUUUCCCCUGGUACCUAGUAAGAAUUUUACUGACAUCGACAACUUGUUGGGUGCAGGUCUUAGUUGCGGCCUCUAGUUGGGUCAAUGUCUACCUUGUCAUCCGCUCCAUCGACCGUUCCAGUUCAGCCAAUGCCACUGCAAACCGUCCGUGGAACUGAGGCAGUGGAAGCUCUUUGUCAUGAAGAUAAUAGUAAAGGUACAACUGAUGGAGCGCCACAGAUGAGCAUGACCCAUGGCACCCUCCCCAUCCUCCUCCCCACCCCUCAUUAGAUGCCUUGACAUGUCCUGCUGAACAUAUGAGGGCGGUAAAUACAUGCUUCAACUGCAGCGUUUCCUUGCUAACGCAAGAGCUACCAAUAUAAUCGCCCCAGACCGCACUCCCAAGGAAACACUCGUAAAAUAUUAUGGCAUAUUCGAUCGUUUGUCGGCGGUCCUAAAAAAGGAUAGUGUUCCAUACUUCCUCCGCAUCUUCGAGAAUAAUAGCGAGUGCUUCGUUUCUGGUUUUGUCAUCAUUCCACAAACCCUCGACUUAAUUAUUCUACGGAAUGCCCUGCGUUGUGCUAAUGUUGUUUUGGAGGGGAAGUCGCCUAGGCUCUGCGAGAUACGUGCCAACCCCAACUACAUGACCAGCUUUGGGUACUUCCCCCUCCACCAAGCUGCCGAGUCAUUCUCUGCUGACAUGGUUGAGUUACUGUGUCGCUAUGGCGCAUCCGCCGAUCAGCGCACCUCGGGUAAUAAAGUCAUUGAGGGCCUCCUUCCACUCCAUGUUGCCAUCGAGAACGCCUGCCAGCAUAAGUAUCUGGAGGACAACCUAUUAGUUGAUGAGAACUACAGGAAGGGGAAUGUUGAGUACAUCUACAAGCUCGUACAUCUGCUUUGCCUGCCUGAGAUGAAGAUCUUCUUGGACACCACUAGAUCGCUUGCAGCUCACACUGAUAAUGUAGUUGAUGAGCUCUGGAAUUACAUCAAGCAGGGGAAGCUUGUUCCUGCUGCUAUUUUGCUUCUUGCAGCUCAAAGGCAAUACCGUAAUCUCAAUGGGUUUGAUAUCAUCAAGGCUCGUAUAGAGGAUUGUAUGUGUGGAUUAGGAAGUGGUAAAACUGCCAAGGCAAAAAAGCAGCUGAAGGAGAUGAAAGUACAUCUUAUCAAUGCAUUGGUGCUUGUUAGGAUAAUUCUCAAAGCUGGUGAAGCUCUUGAGGCAUAUAUUCAAACUCACUCAGAGGCAUCUCAUGAGGAGGUCCUUGGAAAAGUUUCAGCAGUUCUCCAGAAUUAUGAUGUUGGUCCUAGUGGAAAAGAAAUCGGCAUUGAAGAUCUUGACUGCUGCCCCUAUGACUGUGGUGAGCCGGCCGGGAACACAGGUUUGACCAAGGCAGCCACUGGAUCACCUACUCUGGAAGUCAAGGAGAAAAGUGCCGUGACAAAGAAACCACGAGAUAGCCACUUGCAUGCAAGAAAUCAGUUUUUCCCGGUAUGGAGAUCAGUAUUAACAGCUCGGUUUAUUUCAAAGAUCUUUCCAGCCUAUGCACCGAAGAAAGAGUUGCCAAUAUAUACUCGUGAUGUUAAUUAUCCCGGUGGCUCCGAGAAGUUGAGAGCUGAAAGGCACUCUGAGUUUCGUCUUGGCAUGUUGGAGAGGAAUUAUCCGAGAGUAGCAAGUAAGCCGACGCCCACAAGUAGUUAUCGAUCCAGAAGAUUAUUUGGUACUACUGCGUCGACUGUCCUGAAGAUGCUUAAGCGUGUAUGAAGACCCGAGCAGGAAGGUUCGCUGAGACGAGUAUCCACUCUCCCUGCAGUUAGUCGAGAUGGUUAUCGAGCUGCGUUGUUUUACCCACCACAGUGGAUGCUUGAUCCUUGUCUAUUAACAUUCGCAAUCUCGUUAUUAAUCCAAAACUGUUGUUUAAGUAGUACUAGUAUAUAUCUUCCGAGGCUUGGCAUGGGCCUGAAGUUGUGGAACAUAUGUCAUAUUCAGCUUGAACCUUGACUCUAAUUCUUAUGUAACCAAGCUCAGCGGCAGCCUGAGCAAGUUGACUGUAAUCGAUUUGCAUAAGCAAAUUUAGACACCA